AUGGAGCGCUGGGUUUACGGCUCGCUCUGGCUCCUCUUCGCGGGCAGCCUCCUCCUGCGACUCUCCCGCUCCCAGCUGCUCCUGCCUCGGGCCCUGCUGCACCUGGGGGUGCUGGUCCUGCUGCAGUACCUGUGCCAGGCGUGCCUGCCUCUGCCCCUCGGCGCCGCCCUCACCGCCGCCGGCGGCUUGGCCCUGGGGCGCGUGGCCCAGGGGCGAAGGCUCCCCGUGGCGGGGAAAGCCGUCUUCAUCACAGGGUGCGAUUCCGGGUUUGGAAAGCAGGCCGCGUGCCACUUGGAUUCCAUGGGCUUUAAGGUGUUUGCGAGCGUGCUGGACCUGCAGAGCGCUGGCGCCAAGGAGCUCCGGCAGCGCUGCUCGCCGAGCCUCACGCUGCUGCAGAUGGACCUGACCAAACCGGAAGAUAUCCGGAAAGCCCAGCAGCUCGUCCAGCCCCAGACGGCGAGCGCAGGGCUCUGGGGUUUGGUGAACAACGCGGGCUUCGACGACACCAUCGCUGACGCCGAGCUCUCCCCGCUCUGCAAAUUCCGCACCUGCAUGGACGUGAACUUCUUCGGCACGCUUGAGCUCACCAAAGCGCUGCUGCCCCUGCUCCGCUCCGCCCGGGGCAGGAUUGUGACCGUCAGCAGCCCGGCAGGCGACAUGCCGUACCCUUGUUUAGCAGCGUACGGGGCCUCGAAAGCCGCCCUCACCCUCCUCAUGGACACAUUCCGCAGCGAGCUGGAGCCCUGGGGGGUCAAAGUGAGCGUGAUCCUACCCGGCUACUUCAAAACUGGUACGAGUUGCAACCCUGCCUACUGGCAUGAGAAGAAGGAGCAGCUCCUGGCCAGCCUGCCCGCCGACCUGCUGCAGGCCUACGGGGAGGAGUACAUCCAUGAGAUCAACAAGCAGUUUGUGAAAUUCAUGAAGACUGCAAAUGAGGAUUUGAGUUUAGUGGUGAACAGCAUCACCGACGCCCUCAUCUCCGCCAGUCCGGCGGCGCGCUAUUACCCGGGGGCGGGCAUGUGGCUCAUUUACUUCAUCCACCACUAUCUGCCCUCCAUCAUCAGAGACCUCUUCCUUAAAGCUUUCUUCAUCAACCAAAAACUGCCCAGGGCCCUGCAGCCAAAGCAACAGAACGGCCUCAAGCACGAAUGACCCUCGCCCGCAGGCUGGGGGGAGACAGGAAGGCACCUGGAGCUAUCGUAAAGCAGGGACAGGGUGG